CUAUACUACAUGCAAUAUAGAUGUGUACCUUCUCGUACAUCCGACGUAAUUUGCAUAAGCCAAGAAACUUGACGAUCAUAUCAAACUAGACUGUACCACCGCUCUCUCGUUCGCGGACUGUCUCUUACUUAUCGGAAGUCCCAGGGUGUUUUAUAAACCCGUCGACGACAGACGUCGACGUGUCGAUGGAAUCGCGUACUUGGAUUAUAACAACGGUUCGAGAGAACGCACGCUGCGACACUCGAAUUAUUCGCCGUACUUUUUUUUUUUUUUUUCUUUUUAGCUAAAAUUGUCGAGUUCGAUACAACGUCGUACGGCGGCAGGGUAGAAUUUUUAGGCGUCGCACCUUUCCGGAAACUAGCAAGUUCGGCUAUGCGGUGGUCCGGCCGGAGAGAAAAGCGGUCGAUUUACGAAGUGGUUCUAACUAGGACCGGCUAUAACUCCGAACUAACCAACUCGGAGGCGGCAGUUUCGCGGAACUUUAUACCUCCCGAAGACCAAAAUGGCGGUAGCCCUGGUACCGGGGAGAAAAUUUAACUCGAGUUUCGCGUUUCAAGGGACAUCGCGCGGCGAACGGACUUUAUGUAUUUAUUUAUUUAUUUAUAUCCGUUCGCUUUUGCCGAGAAAUAACCGAAACAGCUUUACAGUCCGAACCUAACGGUCGGGAUGUGUUAAUAAUCACCCUAAAAUUUGGGCGACGACGGUCUGAGCAAUUACCCCCUCGUACCCUCGGAAAGGAACAACAGACCCGCCCUUACGUACGUCUGACGAGCGACGCCAUUUUGAUUAUACGGUCAAGCCGACGAUGACGACGUCGAUAUCAUUAGGAUUAAAUCACUCGGUAACGUAUUUUAUUGACGGUAUACGGCACUUUGGCGUACCGUCGGUCUUGGACCUCGCGUAAGAUCGUCGCGAGGUGGGUUUGUACGUGGCUACGUGUACCACCGUGUGGAUGGUAACCAAAACUAAGUGAUGGUGAAACUCGGCUGCGAGAGCCAAUUAAUUGGUAGUGGUUGCCAACGCGGUGAGACAGGCGUGACUGAUUCGUUAUAAGACGGUAAUUAAGCCCAUCCACGCCUAGAAUUUGUAUUAGCAUACCCGACCCUACGGUAGGUAGGGAACACCUAUAUGCCUUCAUCCAGGGAUUAUUAUACUACGCGCCGAAACGAUCACGGGGCAGUUUGCCCCCGACGACGCCGAUCAUCGUGUCGUUCCGUUGCCGUCGCGCUAACGAGAACCGACCAGAUACUGUAACGGUUUUUUUUUUUUUUCUUCUCCUCUCCUUCGCAGUGCUUAUUUCCGAGGGCUUAAUUCGGAGCUUUAAUUGCCAGUGGGAUAAUAAGAAUCGGGGAUUAUUUUUCUCCGGGCCGAGAUAAUUAAUUCAUUGGAAUUAUUUCGGGCCUUGAUGAUCAUCAUUUUUUUCCUCUCUUUUUUUUUUUUCUUCUUGUUCUCGCUUUUUCUGUUUCUAUUUAAUUUUGGUUAGAGUCGAUGCGGUAUCGAUCGAAACCAAUCGUUCGAUGUAUCCCACGGGAAUAUCCGAGUAAGGAAGAAUACGACUGUACGCAGUGUGUAUGACCCACGUUUCGUGAGAAGUAGACGUGACGUGAUUUACUUCAGCGCUAAUCGUCCGGCCAGAAUUUGAUUUUUUUUGUUUUUAUUAUAUUCGCUCUCAGUUGAACGUCACCGGUACGAUUUACCGGACGAAUUGGGUCUAUCGUGUGCUCAUAUAAAAUAUACAUGCAGGAGUUCGACAGCAGAGGAUGUAGCGAGCUGUAAUUGGAUUCGAUCGCUCAACAGUUCUAAUACCUAAUGAAUCGAAUCGAUUAUUUUCUUAUUAAUUUUCUCCAUUUUUUCGAACUUUUUCAUCUUCAAUAAUUUAGACGCGAAGAUCGAGAAGAUUGAGACAAAUCCAAUCGUGAAGCUACAAAACGUAUAUCCCGCACGCCGACGGAGAGGAUGGAGGAGCUGGAAACGUUGGAGGGAACGGAGUGCCCUGAAUGCCCAGGACCGCCUCCAGAAUUCCGGCUGCCGCCACCCCCGCGACCUCCUUUUUUAACGGAGGGCACCUUCUGUUCGGAGGCGCCCUUAGCGGAGCUCGAAGACUGCGUAGCGAUUCCGAUGAUAGACGCCUCCUACCACACCAACCCGUCGCUGCAAAGCACGGCCUUAAUCAUCACCAGUGCAGUCAUCCUCUUACUAAUGGCCGCCAUCAUUUCCGUCGUAUUUUGGAAACAUAAGCGAAAAGUGCAGAAUUUACUGCCGUGUAAAAGUGCGGCGGGAGCAGCAGCCGCGGCGGCAACGGGAAGUCGGGGAAGAGGGGGAGUCCUGGACGGACAACCCCAUCCUAAUGUCGGAGGGGGUUCCGUACUUUACGAGGAUCUUCCGGACGCGGUUUCCCACUCCGGCCUGGUGCACAACCAUUUUUCAAGCCACCGCCAUCUCCACCACGGGAACCAUUUACAGCAAGAACAACAGCAGCAGCAGCAGCAGCAGCAGCAGCAGCAGGUUCCUCAACAUCCCGGUCUUCCGGGUCUUCCCGGCCUCCGUCCAUCUUCAGGACAGCCAACGAUCGAGAUGCUGGACGUCAACGAUGGAGGCAGGGGUGUUUUUGUAUGCAGUAGCCCCGGACCAGAUCACUAUAAAAAUUCUCAGGACCCGUACAAUCCCGUCUACGAGGAACUGGGUAACGGUGACCUCCAUCCAGACACCGACGACGAAAUUGAACCCAGCGCUCGAAGUAGACUAACGAAUCACCGACGCGUUCACGCGAGUUCUAAAGCAGCGAGCGAGGAUGAAUUUGCCGAGGAUGAACUUUCGUUGGGAGAACCGUCGGAAGCAAGAAUGCUGACUAAUACCGUCGGUGCUCCCGCUUGGGGAACGUGCCCCGCCGCUCAACGACCUCCAAGAGGCCGAAGAGGAAGAAGUCCAAGGUCCCUGGAUCGUCGCAGAAAAGACAAGGGUCAAGACGUGGGCGAAUUCCACGAGGGGAUGCUACUGGACGCCCUCCUCCAAUUCUACCCGAGCGUCGCAGGCGUCGCUGGUACGAGACCUUCGAAUGGUCAGCGUCAGCAAACCGUCCCCUCAGUUGCGCAUCGACUUCCGUAUUUCAUGCCGCAGCUACCGGCAGCACAGGCUCUCAAGGUUGAAGAGAACCCUUACGAGAGCGUUCCAGUCCUUGGACCACUUCAUCGCUAUACGACCCUCGGUAGGAGUGGGGGGCUUCCUAAGGAUAGAUCGAAGUGUUCUCGAUACAAUUCCGAAUACUACGGUCUCCAAAAUCAGGACAUUCAUCCCGGGAGCGGUGGUCCAGUUUACACGCAAGUAGGCGGUGAUUAUUCCGAUGCGUAUUCGCAGCCAACCGACCGGUUAUAUGUCGAGGAUAAAUACUCGCAGCCAGUUUACUACACUGCAAGAGAACCGGAUCAAAUAUCAUCCGGAAGGCUUUACCAAGGUCAGCCGGACAGCAGCUUUGGAAGCGACAGCGGAUACAGUCAUCACACUUCCGGUACCACGGGGACAACGGGAACCAGAAAUAGCAGUUCAAGGGCGAACCACAGGAAGGACAAACACAGGAAUUCACAUCAUUCUAUCGAUUACGUCGUAUCCUAGAGGAUUAAAUAGAUGUAUUCUUAAAAUCUUAGGUUUUCAGUUGCAAAUGCGAUAAUAGAAGUAGCCCAUGAUUUCGAUGCCUAUUGCUAUCGUAACUAGCAACUUCUUUUUCAUAGUUUCAUUUUAUUUAUUCUUCCCUUAUUCAAUGUAAAUACAUGAACUAAUUAACCAAAGGACGACGCGUUUUACGCGGACCUGUAGUAUAACGUGGACAAUACGUUUAACGUUUCUCUUAUUUAAUUUAUUAUAUUUAUAUUAACAUAAUACUCGGAAAAUGACGCGAUAUAGACCAAGAACAAAUUCGUACUAAUAGUAAGCUGUACAGAUGAAUAGUCAAAUGAAAAUUCUUAGUAAUGAUAAUAAUUUCAGUAAAUAAAAGUAAUGCUUAGCAAUCAAUGAGUCGAGGAAAAAAGAAUCCUGGAUGCAUUAAACCCCGUGUAAAUAAUAAAAACAAACAGCCAGAGAAAAAUUAAUCUACAAAUAAAAAAAGAUGUUGUACCCCUCGAUCGAUUAGCAUAGUUGUACCAUAUCGUUAUCGAUAAACGCGUAGGUAUGUAUAAUUAUUAAUGUACAACCAUUACAUUCAAAAUAUACAUAUAUAUAUAUAUAUAUAUAUUAUGAAUAUAUUAUAUAGUUUGUAUAAUAAUUUUUAAAUUAUUUCUAUCGAGACGUUGUAUACUAUAACGAUACGUACAAUUAAAUUUAAUUAUAUAUUGGUAUGAUAAAUAGUUAUAACAAAUAAUAUCACACAUAAGUGAUACACAAAAUGAGAAGGAAUAUUUGAACGCACGCAAGCGACGAAUUUCUAUUGAUCAUAAUGACAGAAAAUACGUAGCAAAUAUUGAAUAUUCUACGUAUAAAAAUUAUUAUAUUGACGAUUUUUUCUACAUCGCGACAGUACUGUAAUAA